ACAGAGGGACGUACUCUCGCGUGGCUAAGGGACAGCCCUUCCCCUCUGACAGUUGGGGCUGGUCUCAUCACAACAUCAUCAGGGCGUUUCAAGCAACGGUAGGCACAGAGUAGUAGUGCCGCUUUUGUUGGAAUUGGCCUUCCCUGAAUGGGAUAACUAUUCAUUUCUAUACAGGUGCAAAAGGAUAAACUUCCCAGGAGCUGAGUGCAAGCUGUACUGCAGCCAGGCUUAAAUAACCUGGGAACACACUGGAGCCCUCAGUUGUUCCAGGUUACCUUAAUGAUCCACCUGUAUAAUGAGCAGAGAGACCGAUGAACCACCCAGCAAACACAGGAGUGAGGUCUUUUUUCUCUUGCAGACGAAAUGAAAUGUUGAUGUGGUAAAAAUGAACAAACCCAAAAUGGCCACAGAGAAGGGGGUCCCCAGUAACUCCAGGGUACUGAUGCUCCUGGGCCAACUGGAGAGGAUGAAUGGAGAGGCCAUGGUGAGGGAUGUAGAAACAGCAAGACAGGUCACUGCAAAGAUACUUCAUCUCAUACAGACACAGGAGAAGAGUGGGAAAGAGGUGAUGUCCAAAGGCUCCAGUGGCAUGGAGGUCAUCCUGGCUUCACUGGAGAACACCCGUGAUGUCCAGACCACUCUGAACAUUUUGUACAUUCUCAGUGAGCUGCUGACUGUGGGCAGAGGUCGGAGGGUGGGAGUAUUUGUGUCUAAAGGCGGAACAGGAAUAUUAUUCCAAAUUUUGAUCUCUGCCAGCAAAGAGUUGCCUCCCAGUGAGGAACUCAUGCUGCAGCUUCACUCUCUACUGGCCAAGGUUGGUCCAAAAGACAGGAAGUUUGGAGUGAAGGCACGUUUAAGCGGAGCUCUGAACGUCACUGUCAACUUAAUGAAACAGAACUUACAGAAUACCAAACUGCUUCUGCCCUGCCUGCAGGUCCUCAGGGUUUACUCGACCAACACAGUGAAUGCUAUUUCUUUGGGCAAGAAUGGAGCGGUGGAACUGAUGUUGAAGAUCGCUGCACCAUACAGCAAGAAAAACACCAGUUUGCUCAAAGUAGCUCUGGACGCACUGGGAGCUCUGCUCAAAUCCAAAACUAAUGCUCGCCGUGCAGUGGAUGGUGGACAUGUGCCCAUCUUGCUAGCUCUGUACCUGGACUGGCAUCGCAAUGACACACGGCAUCGCCACAUGCUGAUUCGCAAAGGUCUGCUGGUCUGCCUCAGGAACAUCACUAACAUCAAGCUUGGAAGGAAAGCAUUCUUAGAGGCCGAUGGCAUGAGGAUCCUCUACAACUCAUCCACUGAGUGUCUCCCAGUGCGGACUCUGGAUCCUCUGAUCAACACUUCCAGUCUCAUCAUGAGGAAGUGUUUUCCGAAGAACCGUCUUCCUUUGCCCACCAUCAAGUCAGCCUUCCAGUACCAGCUGCCACAUGUACCCGCUGUAGGUCCUGUGGCACAGCUGUACAGCCAGCCAGCUGGGGGAAGAAAAAUUCAUCAGCUCUGCAACAAGCCCUUAAAGAAGGUGGAUGAUGUUGUGGAUGAAAGCGACGAUAACGAGGAGACAGACGCAGACACAGAGAACGAUACUGAGAACGAAGAGGAUGAGAAGGAUCAGCGCACUGCGAAUGAUGACAUAGAGACGGACCUAAACAAGCUACAUCCCAAAAAGAGCCCUGGGCGACCUUUUGAGGAGUUGAGGGUCUAUGAGAGGUUUUUUAUCGAGCUUUCUGAAGACUUUCAGGGUUAUAACUUUGAAUGCUCAAAGAGUGCAUCUAUCACAUCCUUGUCGUCGUCCUUCUCCUCAUCAUCUGCCUCAACUCAAUCCACUCGGCCCAUCAUAGUGCCCACAGCUCAAGCUCUGUCCCCAAAACACGUCCCCGUACCGAGCUCUCAGGAUUGCAACCCUACCAAAGGAAAGCACUCUCCACCAUCUCCGUCUUUUCCUACUCCCACACCUCCUGCUCCUCUAGCUCCUCUAGAACUGGACACCAUCCACCUUACCAAGGACCAAGACAAAAAAGUGGAGAGCCACAUUCCUUCCCCCGACACACAUACAACAUUGUCCUCCCUCAACAGGCCUUCUCCUCAAGGCCAGAAGAUAGAACAGGAACUAGCACAUGCUUUUGAAUGUGUCUCACUAGACCCGGAGGGGCUCCUGAGCACAGAAGAAGGAGGAAGAGAAGCCAAACAAGAGGGAUCCCCAGUCAAUACCACGAGACAAAUUCAAUCUCCUCUGCUCCUGGGGGGUAUCACUACUCGUCGUGUGGGCGGAGGCGGCAGUAACUGGGGUUCAGAUUGUGGCUCAGAGGGCGCUGAUGAUGAAGGAGGGGAAGGAGCAGUUCUGGAGGUGCCAGACACAGCGCUUCUCCUCCCGCUGCAUGACCCUGACCUUUACGUGGAGAUGGUGAAGGGGACACGCUCUGUGCCCCAGUAUGCUGAGGUGGCUUACCCAGACUACUUUGGCCAUGUAGCCCCAACAUUUAGAGAACCCCUUCUGGAGAGAGUUUAUGGCGUCCAGAGGUCUAAGAUAUUCCAGGACAUUGAGAGGCUGAUUCAUCCUAAUGAUAUCCUGGAUAAAGUAGUUUAUGACCUGGACAUUCCGAGUUGCCCUGUGAUUGAAGACAAUGGCGAUUCCCUGAAGUUCAACUCACAGUUUGAGUCUGGCAACCUCAGGAAGGCAGUUCAAGUCAGGAAAUAUGAGUAUGACCUCGUGCUGAAUUCAGACAUCAACAGUAAUCACUACCACCAGUGGUUCUACUUUGAGGUGAGCGGUAUGCGUGUUGGAACUACCUACCGCUUCAACAUCAUCAACUGUGAGAAGUCAAACAGCCAAUUCAACUACGGCAUGCAGGUGUUGAUGUACUCUGUACAAGAGGCGAUCAGUGGCAGGCCUCGCUGGGUCAGAACAGGAACAGAUAUCUGCUACUACAAGAAUCAUUUUGCAAGGAGUUCCAUUGCUGCUGGUGGUCAAAAAGGAAAAUCUUACUACACACUGACCUUCAGCACCAGCUUCAGCCAUAAGGAUGAUGUCUGCUACUUCGCCUAUCAUUACCCUUACACGUACUCCACUCUUAAGAUGCACCUGUCCAAACUGGAGGCUUUGAGGACCCCUCAGAUCUACCUGAGACAGGACAUCCUGUGUGAAACCCUGGGGGGAAAUUCCUGCCCACUUCUCACCAUCACCGCCAUGCCAGAGUCCAACUCCAAUGAUCACAUCUGUCAGUUUAGGAAUCGUCCAUUGAUCUUCCUGUCGGCCAGAGUGCACCCUGGAGAGACGAACGCCAGCUGGGUAAUGAAGGGCACGCUGGAGUUUCUGAUGGGCACGAGCCCGCUUGCAGCUAGUCUGAGAGAGGGCUACAUCUUCAAGAUAGUCCCCAUGCUCAACCCUGAUGGAGUUAUAAAUGGAAAUCAUCGUUGUUCUCUGAGUGGAGAGGAUUUGAAUCGCCAGUGGCAGAACCCCAAUCCUGAGCUCCACCCCACCAUCUACCACACUAAGAGCCUGCUGCAGUACCUUGCACACAUACAAAGAGCACCACUGGUGUUUUGCGACUACCACGGUCAUUCCAGAAAGAAAAAUGUGUUCAUGUACGGUUGCAGCGUGAAGGAGACAGUCUGGCAGUCCAACAUCAGCGCUACAUCCAGUGACUUACAGGAGGAUCUCGGAUACAGGGCGCUUCCUAAGAUCCUGUCUCAGAUCGCCCCAGCCUUCAGCAUGGCGAGCUGUAGUUUUGUUGUGGAGCGCUCCAAAGAAUCAACUGCUCGCGUUGUUGUGUGGAGAGAGAUAGGAGUCCAACGCAGUUACACCAUGGAGAGCACGCUCUGUGGUUGUGACCAGGGCAAAUAUAAAGGUCUACAGAUCGGCACCAGAGAGCUGGAAGAGAUGGGAGCUCAAUUUUGUGUGGCCCUGCUGAGGCUGAAGAGACUGACUGGGAUCCGUAACCACCAACACCUGCUGGACCUGGAGAGCGACAUCAUUGGGACACAUUCCAAAGUGGUCAGCAGCAGCCCCACCACCUACGUGAUGGAGGAAGACGAGCCGUCCUUUCUGGAGGCGAUAGACUACAGUGCUGAGAGCAACGACGAGGAUGGCGAGCCUGAAAACGAGCAAGGCAGCGAAGUCCAGGAGAAUCCCGAUCUCCACGAUCACCUGUCGGACUCUGAGACAAAUCACAGGGAGUAACCCCUGAGGUGUUCAUCUCCUCUACACUUGGCGGUUUUGAAGAUUUCACGAGUAAAAUCGGUCCACACUUCUCACUUUGACUCUUGAAUAAAUAAGUUACAUUUACAAAUGACCCUAUUAUGUAGACAAAUAAUUAUGAUAUGUAGGCUACACCAUUUGGUGCUCCUUUCCCAACUGAAGGUGCAAACUUCACCUACCUUUCACUUCAGAUAGAAUGCAUUUCAGUGAAUGUUGUCACUCUUUACUGUCAUACUAUAACUAACUUUCAUGAAGUGUAACCCCUGACCUCAGGCACCAUAUAGCCUCUGAGAUUCACAUAUAGCUAGCCAGAGCAGCAAGCAGCAGGCACCACUGAUCCUUAACUUGUCCACUUGCUCAUUUUCCACAGCUGAUCUGCCCGAUGAGGCUGUGGUGGUGUAAUAGAGCCAGUGGCUUCUCUAGGUACUGUGUUUGAAACCUCUCUCAUCACCUGUGACGCUGUGUUUUGAUCAAAACACUCCUGGUGAUUGAGUCAAACUGGGUCUCCCCCACUGACCAGCUAAGAGAUCCAACCAACCUGCCUUUGUAUCUCCCUUUUCCUUUCAGUGGUCUCACCCUGCACUAUAAGUUUUUACUCCUUUUGUUGGCUUGGGCCUUUGUGUCCUUUCUUGCUUGCCUCCUUCCUUCCCUCCCUCUUCCCUUUUUUUUUCUGACAAGCCAAGGUGUCUAAAUGGGAUGCAGGGAUGACCAAACAGCACCAUAAGUCGUAGCACAGAUGCAGGUUAAUCAUCCCGGGUUUCAUAUGUAGAAAAACCCACUCAGAUGUAUCCACACUUGAGUUGUGACCUCACUUUCUCUCCCGUCUUCAGCUGCAGUGCACGUGGUCCGAUCGCCCAUGUGCUGUUUGCCUUGCUUUAUCCAAAACGGAAGCUAUUCAUAUCACUCAAAUGUAGAAUGUUCACGUCUUUAUCAAGACAUUCUUUGUAUUAUACCUGAAAUGCACAUAUGAUCACUCACCACAAACUAACCAACACCGAGUAAAGUGUCUUGGUCAGUAAAAACAUGAAGAUGGAAUGUAAAACAUCCCCAUGCACUUUUGGUGUUUUCAUUGUUUUUAAUAACAGACAGUAUUAUAAUGUCAGACGAGGCAGUAGUUAACAAGACGCAUGAGCUGCAGAGAGCAGAAAACACUUUUGCACUUUGGAUAUUCACUGUACACGCAAAACAAAGAGUGACAGAAACUGAAUGAGAGUGAAAUAUCACUUUACUAAUUCAGUCACCUCAUUAGGUUGAAGUUCUGGGAGCUCAGCCCAAAGCUGAUGGCAACAUUGCUGUGAUGUUUUGAACAAAAAAACACAAAUAUUGUACUGGACUUUUGUUUCCUUUUUAUCUGUUUGUCAAACCCCAUGUGUACAUUUUGUGGAAUUGUUUAGGACAGACCCAUGCAUAACAGAUGGUGCUUUAUAUUGAGAAAGCAAUGCGUUGCAUUAUUUCUUUUUUCUUUUUUUUUUUACAUUCAUAGAGAUGAGGUACAUUUGUGUUGGAUUUGUAUAGCUAGCGCAUGGCAGUUUUCUGUGGUUUUUAUUUUGUAAUUUAUGAAGUAUCGUUUCUGGGAUGCAAACCUGUGUAUAUAUGAGACAUUUUGAGUGUGUGAGUGCAAGUGUGUGUGUGUGUGCGUGCAGCAAUUUUAAGUUAUUACAUUAUUCAGCUCAGCUAAUACUCUAACAGCAUGUUUCAUCUUUCAAUUUGAUUAUCCCCUCUCACUCUCCACCCAAUCAUUUUGUCUCUCUCUCCUUCCCUCUAACCUCUUUCAUUCCCUCGUUUUCUGUCUUUCUCUUGGCUCUCCCCUCUUAAAUUUUACUCAUGGACAUCCUUACAAACCCAGGGAAGUCUCUGUUCUGUGUAAAUGUGUGUGUGUAACAGAUAUAUCAUGUGAAAUAAUGUUGGUACUUUGUGAGAACUGCGUGUGCUCUUGAAUCUGUUUGUCUGUAGCAGUUUAUGUCGACACUGGGCUACUUUUGCUUUAUGUUUGUUUGGAGGUAAACAUUUUAAGUUGAUUGUAACGCAGGAAAUGGAAGCUAAGAGUGAACAUGGGAAAUAAAAUGUGAAUGUGGUAAA